AGCUGAGGUGGAGACAGAACGGAACGGGACAGUUUCAGGUUGGGUUGAGGUAACGACAGCUCAGGGACACUCUGCAAUCAGGAUUCUGCUGGAGCUGGUUAUAGCAGAGCACAUCCCGAGCGCAGCAUUUUUCCUCUGAGAAACCCCACCAUGAUGAGGCCGCAGAGUCCCCAGACCUCAAGGAAGUACUCAGGAGAGCUGCAUAGACACUACACCUCCACGCACACCCCUCUGAGCCUGGAAAAACAGCGGUCCCUGGAGCUGGACAAGUUUUACGAGCUGGCCCAGAAGCAACGCAAGUUUUACCAGGACAAGACUGGGACACUUCACCCCAUUCCCUACUUCUUGCUGCCUAAGGAGGAGGAGGAGAAAUAUCCACACCCACUGGACCUGCCUGAACCCAGUGCAAAGACACGAUGGCACUUAGAGCGUGUGUCCCCAGAGAACCUGCACACCUACCAGACAUUCCCAUCAGGCAAGAGGGUCACUGCAGAGGAGAGAGUGGUCCGCGACAGCUUCUUUGAGUACAGGGGAUAAGCAACAGCAUCCUUUAGUAGAAAGCUGGUUUCCCAGCUGGGGAGGGUGUGAUGGUUAAUAAAGCUGAGAUAAAGGAGA